CAGCUACCCUACUCCCAAACUGGUAACGGCAAACCAGGAGACUCUAGGGUGAGACUUGAGUGUGCGGAUGAUAUCGUACGUACGUGCAGACGUGAGAAGAUGGAGCAGUCGAAGAGGGAAGGAGUCUCAAUCAGAGAGGAAAACUUGCUUGAAGAGGCAGACACUGUAAAUUUGGCAGAUGAUGAUUCAUGCACGAAGCAGAUUUUGACUGAUAUGACGGCAACUCCUCCAGAUCCUCCGUCAAAACGGAGAAUGUGUGGCCGUUGUGGCCGGCCAGCCAAGGUAUGUCUAUGCCCACACUUCCCUGAGAAGCCACUGGACAUCUCAACGUGUGUCUACGUGAUUCAGCAUCCAAACGAGGAGAGCCGAUCAUUACGGACGGUGCCCAUACUGAUGAACUGUUUACAGCAGGGCAAGUGCCACGUCAUUCGAGGCAGACGCUUCUCCGAAAUUGGUCACCCAGUGCUAACUGCUGUCUGCCGGGAUCCCAAGACCCUUGUGUUGUUCCCAGGGCCAGAGGCGAUAGACAUCUCCCAAGUCCCACCCCUUCCUCCGGACAGCCAAUCAGGCUACAAUCUGAUUGUGAUUGAUGGGACUUGGAACCAGGCCAGGAGCAUGUACAAAAGCAACAACAUCUUUCGUCAACCACAACAGGUGCAAUUGUCCAGUGGAAAUCUGAGUGAAUAUGUAAUCCGCACACAGCCAACAAACAGCUGCUUGUCUACCGUAGAAUCAGUUGCUGUGUCCUUAGCAAUUCUAGAGAAGAGGGCGGAAAUUCAGGAGACCCUUGUGCGCCCCUUGAGGGCCCUAUGUCAAUUCCAACUGGACCACGGCGCAUGCAUUCACCACAGCAAGGAACACCUCAAGGAGAAUGGUCUUGUCUACCGUCCAAAGAGCCGACCAGAGUUUAGGUGAUGCUUGCUACCUUCCCGAGUCAGUGAACCAUCUGCAAAUAAAAACUGUUUAGCUCUCUCUUCUGGAAUCGCAAAAGUCCUCCUCAAAUUCGGGGCUAGGCUACACUUCGAAGUUACCGAAUCAUGGGAUUUAUUGUUUAUAACGUACCUACAGUGUAAUAAAAGACUGCUUUUUUCACAGGUUUUCUGAUGACUUUUCAAGAGUGUUAUUGUUUGUUACUUCACAAUAGUAUUAAUUUAAUGUAAAUAUGAAAGAGGUAAUUCUACAGGUUGGUUAAACAAAUGUAUUCUACAGCUGAUCUACUGCAACUGUGGAAUAUUACUCUCUGGCCGUUCAACUUGGGUAUCCUGUCCAAAUCCUGACAGGUACAUGUACAUUGUAUAUAUUGGGUAACUUUUUUGACCGUGACCUUUUUUUCUAGGGUACAAGUAUCUUUGCUUUCGGGGAACCAUCAGUCUCCAGAGUCAUUUCCUGAUACUGGGUAGCUUUUCUUACAAAGACCCCAUGGGGUUGUUUAUUUGAUGGCUGGCCUAAUCGUGGCUCUGGAGGACUUCAUUUUUUCAAAGGGAAGGUCCCACAUUUCAGCAGGGGAAGCUUCCAUGACUAGCCUCCUUUCAAAAACUGUGAUGACUGUAAGCCUGAUACGUACAUGUAUAAGUGAACACACUGUCUUGAAAACCAUGUAACCAGUUGAGCCCUUUGCAGGCAGUGCAUUUUGAAUGAAAUUAAAAAUUAAUACUUCUUGAGAACAUGCACUCAAAGAGAUCGGAAAAUAGAAUGCUAUGGUGUGAAUUGUGAAAUGUUGAACAACAAAUUGAAUGGAAAGACACAAGUCAAUGGAUCAUUGAAAUAUUUAAUAAAAACAUGAAAAUAAAAGGGUAGGGUUUAUGUACCUGGGUAGCAUUUGAUUCACAUAAAAAACAUCCACCAAAAGGUUCUCUCACAUUGCAUUGAAAAGAUGAAACAAGGACUUCUACAAACCGCCCCUUAACGGGCAUACCUGAAAAGUUGUAUUGAAUUGUGCCAACCAGAUUUAUAUGUAACAUUCACAUUAAGUUUGGAUAUACAUCUUCCAAGUGAUGCACCAACUUCAUAUACUUGAAGACUCGGGCACAUUGAAAUGGGAAGCAGUUACAGUUUUAAAGGUGGGGGGAACCCAGAGGAAUAUUCUGGGUAAAACCCAUGGAAUUGGGUAGAGACCCAAAAUUCAAUCUGUAUGUGGACCGAGCUGGGAUUUGAACCUCGACCGCAGAGGUGGAAGGUGAGGAAAUAACCACUAUGCAAACCGGACUCCCCAAUAGUUGCAUGCAUAGAGUUUGAUAUUUUGUUGGCACUGUCUGACUUGUUUUUAGACCAACAACUUCAAAGUCCAGGGGCGAUGGAUGAUGAAGCCAGUGGGGAAGCAGAACGAAAACCAUGUGUUUGCGUGCAUGUCAGUAUGUCAGUUAAUCACCUGCAGCAAUUUAGAGAACCCUAAGUAUGGGCAACAUGCACACCUGCAUUUCCUUCCUUCCUGAGGCACGUAACAUAUUUUACAAUUUUUCUCUACUGAUACGGUAUUUAAACAAGAUACGUUAUAUCUUCAAAUCACAUGCAAAAUGGUACAGGUCAGACUGGAACUCUCCCCUCAAACUUUAAAAUAGUGUUUGGUCAAUUAGUCUGUGGGUGCCAGAAGCAUCUUUUGUCGAAUAUGUUUGCAUGUGUCAUUAAG